AUGUGCGGAAACGUCAACCCGCAACAACAUACCUGUCGCGCCAUUUUUCUUCCCAAAUCCAAACCGUCGGGAGCAGACUUGGUUUUCUUCAUUCGGAUCGACGGUGCUCGGUUGGUCCCUGUCUUCGUUCAGAUGAAGCUGCAUCAAGGGUCGUCUAACUUCUCGGAAAAGGAUUGGAAUGACGCACUCAGCACAGUCUCGGCAGCCAAGAUUGAGGGCCACGCAAAGAAUUUUCGCAAGUACUGCCCUGACAACGACCCCAAUGGUGUUCAGCAGGUCGUGAUCAACAUCAGCGAUGACAAUUUCGGCGACAUUUUCCCCCAGGAGCAUGUAGAGUUUAUUGAUCGACUCAAGAAUGCUCGAAAGCGCUCUGUUGACGACGAUGACAGCAACGAUGAGGACCGCUCCAAAAAGCAGAGGAGCUAA